AUGGAAGACUACACCCGACGAGAUUCACUGUCAGCCUCCGAUGUCACCGACAAAAGGAAGUCACCCACACCUGGUGGGGAAAAAUCGGAACGAGUAAGCGAGACGCCAUCGAGGAGUGUGAGUCCAAAUGUCGCGCCUCUUCAGUCGAAGGAAAUGGAGAAAACUUCAUCGGAACCCGCUGAAAAACCCGACUCGAAACCCAUUGAAUCGUCACGGCAAAGAAUGUUCCCAAAUCAGAAGCUACAAAGGAAGAGGCUCAGGCAGCAAGACAAGAAAGAAACCCAGUCACAGAAUCUGACGUCAGUUGCAGCCAGCGGUGACACUUCACAAAGCGACAGAUCAAGAGCAAGCAGCCGAGCCAGUCGAAGUUCGGCAAGGUCGCGCUCCUCGAGUCCGGCUGUGAGAAACGCCCAGAAACCAGAACAACCUAAGAACGCGUUGCCGAUCCUUGUCACAACAUCCAUAGAAAAUCAGUCGGACAAGGAGGCAGCCAAAGAGCCUACAGUCGACGUCGUCAUUCCUCUGAACGUGCUGAAGAGAAAUCGCAGCAGAUCAGUGAGCCCCGGUCGCAAGUCGCAUCAUCGCCAUGUGAAGGAGAACACUCCACAGUUACUUAGCGUCGGUUCAAAAAGCCACCACACCUCCGCCCGGAUGCGACGCUCUGCAAGCCCGACGGCUGACCCCUCUCCAAGUGAUAAUGCUAGUUCCAACGGCGAAGAAGAGACCAGGAAAGGCCGUCGCAAGCGUCGCGACCCGACGCGAACCCUGGAAAAUCUGAAGGAAAAGCUGGCCAGUGAGAAGCAGGCAGAGGAUGGACAAGAUGGAGAAGAGAAAGGAGGAAAUGUCGUCUUCCACAGCCAGCGACGAAAGGAAUGUCCGGAUUUGUGGGAAGAAUCCUCUGAUGGUGAUUGGACUGAGGCUGAGGACGAGGCCGAUUACGAAUCCGAUGAGUAUUCGAUUUCGCAAACGUUUAGUCUCAAAGACUGCUUGCCUAUGGGCGAUCUUUAUCCGCUAUCUCGUUCUUCUUCACGAUGUUCAGCUUUCGUGUCCGAUUAUGACAGCGACACCAGCAUGCCGCUGUUCAUGCUUCCGUCGAGAGCUGAGGAGUCACGAGGUCGCGUCGAUCGCCUGUUUGCCGUGCCCCCUCCGUCAUUCAGCUGCUCGAUCACAUACGAUGGACAGGAGAGCUGGGAUGAUGAAAGCCUCCAUUCGUGUACGGAUUUCGACGACGAAUACUGCGGCAGGCUUUCUCGUUACAGUCGCGCUGAAUCGUCAGCUUUGGGAGGUAUACUUAGCAGUAAAGCUACACAUCCGAUGAGUUUAUACGAAGUUCCGACGAACAAAAGGCGUCAUGACAAUUUCCUC